AUGACUGCAACACCACCUGCUGGGAAAACGACGACCUCAUCAACAACACCACCACCUGCUGCACGAAAAACGACUAAAUCACCACAAGAAACAAUUAGGCCGACCUACCCACAUAUGACUCCUGAAACUGAGGAGAACACCACUCAUCGCUAUCCAUCUAUGAGACCAACAACUACGAUGCCGAGCACUCCUCGUUAUCCAUAUAUGACUCCUGAUACUGAGGACAAGACCACUCAUCGCUAUCCAUUUAAGACAGGAACAACUAAGUCGCCAUAUAUGACUCCUGAAACUGAAUACAAGACCACGCAUCGCUAUCCAUUUAAGACAGGAAGAACUAAGUCGCCAUAUAUGACUCCUGAAACUGAGGACAAGACCACUCAUCGCUAUCCAUUUGAGACAGGAACAACUAAGUCGCCAUAUAUGACUCCUGAAGGUGAAGAGAGGACCACUCAUCGCCAUCCAUUUGAGACAGGAACAACUAAGUCGCCAUAUAUGACUCCUGAAGGUGAAGAGAACACCACUCAUCGCCAU